CUUCUUCUCCCCUCAGCUGCAUUUCAGAAACAACCGUUACCAGUUAUUUACUCCCACAACUAUUUAGCUUUCGGCCUCCGGUCUCCUCUUUCCUCAGAACAAUCUUUUCCGCUCUCAAAACCGUUGCCGGAGCUUUCUAAUCUCCAUAACAGGGAAGAUUGUGUGGUAACACAUGGCUAGUGACUUUUCAACCUCGGUUGAUUACGGCCUUCGGCUGUCAAAGCGGAUAUAUUACGGCAAGGGAGGCCCCAAGGCGCCGGUUCCGGAAGUGAUGUCGAAGUCGGUGCCGGAGAGUUGUUUACCAACGGCGGUGAUGGCGUACGCCGUGGUGGUGGAGCCGGCGGUGGUGGAUAAUCCCGACGUGCCGAGCUACCAGCCGUAUGUGCACGGACGGUGCGACCCGCCGGCGCUGAUUCCGUUGAAUAUGCACGAGGUGUGCAUGGACGUGGAUUGCUGCAUGGAUACUGCGUUUGUUACGGUUACUGGUGUGUGGCGCGUGCAUUGUGUAAUGGCGAGUAAGAGGUGCGAUUGCCGGAUUGUGGUGCCGAUGGGAGAGCAGGGUUCACUUCUAGGUGUUGAGGUUGACAUCCCUGGGGCCGGAAGUUCUUAUGAUUCCAAAUGGGUCACGGUGGGGGAUACAAAUGAAACAGGGAAAGUUCCAAAAGCCGGAGAUGGAAGGUUCUUGAAACCCCAUAUGUAUACUUUCAGAAUACCACAGGUUGAGGGAGGGUCUAAACUUUCAAUUAAAGUCAGUUGGUCUCAGAAAUUAUUAUACCAGGACGGUCGUUUUUGCCUCAAUGUACCUUUUACUUUUCCGGUAUAUGUUAUACCUGUUGGAAAGAAAAUUUCCAAGAGAGAAAAGAUAGUUUUGAAUGUGAAUACUGGUAUUGGUACUGAAAUUUUAUGUCAAUGUACCAGCCAUCCCCUAAAGGAGCUGAGUCGUGAUGUUCGGAAACUUAGCUUCGUAUAUGAAGCAGAAGUUAAAGCUUGGUCAAGUACGGACUUUAAUUUCUCAUAUUCUGUUUUUUCAAGGGACAUUGUGGGUGGGGUGCUUUUGCAGUCUCCACCAUUGAAUGAUAUGUUCUGCUUCUAUCUUUUCCCAGGAAAUAAGCAGACUAGAAAGGUAUUCAGAAAAGAAGUGGUUUUCAUCAUUGAUACUAGCGGAAGCAUGCAAGGAGCCCCACUUGAGAGUGUUAAGACAAGAGUAUUGGCAUCUCUGUCCAAGCUUAAUCCGGAAGAUUCUUUUAACAUUAUUUCUUUCAGUGGUGAGACUUGCUUGUUCUCGCCAAAAAUGGAGCAAGUUACCCAUGGAUCAAUCUUAGAUGCUACUCAGUGGCUCAACAAUUUAACUACAGCUGCUGGUACAAACAUAUUGAUUCCCCUUCAACAGGCAAUGAAGUUGCUGGCCGAUGCUAGCAGUUCAAUUCCUCUUAUUUUCCUCAUAACUGAUGGGACUGUUGAAGAUGAAAGAGAGAUUUGCAAUAUGAUGAAAGACUAUAUGACAAGUAGAGGAUCAAUUUCUCCUCGUCUAUGUACUUUCGGCAUUGGUCUAUAUUGUAAUCAUUAUUUCUUGCAAAUGCUGGCUCAAAUCGGACGAGGCCAUUAUGAUUGUGCUUAUGAUGCAGAUUCAAUUGGCUCUCGAUUAGAGAGGUUUUUUACAAAGGCUUCUUCAAUCAUUCUGGCUAAUAUAACCAUAAGCAUGCCAGAACAUCUGAAUGUACUUGAGUUGUUUCAGUCUCAUAUUCCAGACCUUUCAUUUGGAAAUCCAUUGUUUGUCUCCGGAAGAUACAAAGGAGACUUUCCAGACAAUAUUAAAGUUAGCGGCAUCUUGGCAGAUAUGACCAAUUUUGUAACUGACUUGAAAAUUCAAAAUCCAAAGGAUGUUCCACUUGACAGGGUAUUUGCAAGGCAACAAAUUGAUGCUCUCACAGCUCAAGCAUGGUUCUCUGGGAGUAAGGAGCUUGAGGAGAAGGUUGCUAAAAUAAGUUUACAAACUAGUUUUCCAUCCGAGUAUACCUGCAUGGUUCUGUUCCGAACUGAUAGUGAGAAGAAAGCACCAGAACCAGUUCUCCUACAGGAGAUAUUCAACAAAAUCAACCAGUCAUUAACAAAGGGAGAUGCCAGUGGCCAGAAGAUCAUUUUCCUAGGAUGCCUUGGUGUUGGUUUUGGCAACUUAUCUGCAACAGCUAAGAAUAAACCUGCAGGAAGAGAGGAACCCAAGUCACCAGAAGGUGCAGAGAUUUUAGUUAAGGCUGCUACCAACUGUUGUGGCCGGAUGCUUGACCGCUGUUGUUGCAUGUGCUUCAUCCAAUCUGUCUCAUUUUUAAAUGACCGAUGCUUCAUUGUUCUCUCACAAAUCUGUGCUGCUCUUGCUUGUUUCGAGUGCUUUGAUUGCUGUUUUGAUCUCUGUGGUUGCGUCUAAGGAUGAUACAUGUGCCAGAUUGAAUUAGAAAAUGAAUGGGAUGUGAAACUGCAUGUGUAAAACGUUAUCAUGCUGAUUGUGUAUAUAUUACAAUAAAUACAUCCACUUUCC